AUGCUGAUCUCUAAAGAAAUGAAGAGAGGGAAUUACACACUGGUGACUGAAUUUAUUCUUUUGGGAUUAACUGAUCGUCCAGAGCUACAACCAAUCCUUUUUGUGCUAUUUCUAGUAAUUUACCUCAUCACUGUAGGAGGGAACCUUGGAAUGAUGGUGUUGAUAAGGAUAGAUUCCCGCCUCCACACUCCUAUGUACUUCUUUCUUGCUAGUUUAUCAUGCCUAGACCUAUGCUAUUCUACCAAUGUCACCCCCAAGAUGCUAGUGAACUUCUUAUCAGAGAAGAAAACGAUUUCAUACCCUGCUUGUUUGGUUCAGUGUUAUUUCUUCAUUGCCAUGGUGAUUACUGAAUAUUACAUGCUAGCAGUUAUGGCCUAUGACCGCUACAUGGCUAUAUGUAACCCCCUACUCUAUAGUAGCAAGAUGUCAAAAGCUGUCUGUAUUCGCUUGAUUGCUGGACCAUAUAUCUAUGGAUUCCUUAGUGGUCUGAUGGAAACCAUGUGGACAUACCAUUUGACUUUCUGUGGCUCCAACAUAAUCAACCAUUUUUAUUGUGCUGACCCACCCCUCAUACGGCUCUCGUGUUCUGAUACCUUCAUCAAAGAAACAUCCAUGUUUGUGGUUGCAGGAUUUAAUCUCUCCAACUCUCUCCUCAUCAUCCUUAUCUCCUAUAUCUUCAUUGUCAUUGCCAUCCUGCGAAUGCGUUCAGCAGAAGGUAGGCGAAAAGCCUUCUCUACUUGUGGGUCUCAUCUCGUGGCAGUGACUGUAUUUUAUGGGACCUUGUUUUGCAUGUAUGUUAGACCACCCACUGACAAAUCAGUGGAACAGUCAAAGAUUAUAGCUGUUUUCUAUACCUUUGUGAGUCCUAUGUUCAACCCCAUCAUUUACAGCCUAAGAAACAAGGAUGUGAAAGAAGCAUUCCGUAAAUUGAUCAGAAAAAAUGUCCUGUCUAAAUAG